ACUUCUUUUAUCUUUCACUUUUCUUUGCCUCAUCAUGUAAUGUUAUUCGUCAACUUCUCUCACAGAUCAUCAUGGCUGACUGGAGCCCCUGUUUGACCUUUGGCCUUUCCGUGGCCAAACAGGCCAGUCAGCUUGUGUUGGCGGCGUUUGAGCAGCAAAAAGAGGUCAAGUGUAAAAGUUCUGCAGCUGAUUUGGUGACACAGUGUGACAUGAAGGUGGAGAACUUCCUCAAGUCAGCCAUCGCUAACAAAUAUCCUAACCACAGGUUCAUCGGGGAGGAGUCUGUGGGUACGGGGGAGGAUGUGGAGCUGACAGACCAUCCCACCUGGCUUAUUGAUCCCAUUGAUGGAACUGUCAAUUUUGUCCACAGGUUCCCGUUUGUGGCCGUCUCCAUCGCCUUCUGUGUCAACAAGCAGACAGAGUUCGGUAUCGUGUAUAGCUGCGUGGACGACAAAGUGUAUCACGCUCAGCGAGGAAGAGGAGCCUUUCUGAACGGGCAACAGCUGCACGUCUCUGGACAGCAAGAUGUGACCAAAUGUGUGGUGGUGACGGAGAUUGGGGCGGAGCGUGACGACCUGGCUCUGUCCACGAUGACCUCCAACAUCUUCAGACUGCUAAAGCUCCCUGUGCAUGGAUUGCGAGCGUUGGGCACGGCGGCAGUCGAUAUGUGUCAAGUGGCGACAGGUGGAGCUGACGUCUACUAUCACAUUGGGAUGCACUGCUGGGAUAUUGCUGCCUCUGCCAUCAUUGUCCAGGAAGCUGGGGGUGUUGUCAUGGAUACCAAUGGUUCAGAAUUUGACAUGAUGUCAAGACGAGUCAUCGCAGCGAGCUCGUCUGCUGUGGCCAAUCACAUUGCUCGGGUGAUUCGCGUAUUUCCCUGUCGCCGUGAUGAUGCCAAGCCAAGUGAAUGAUGUCCGUUUCAGUGGCACCGAUGCCUGGCUGUCAGUCACGUUUGUGGUCAACCACCAACCACAGCCGCUUGGAGGUGGAGCUUAUCCAAAUCACCAAUGUUUGGAAUAACAGUGUUAAAAAUAAUGUGGAAACUAAUUACAUUUUAAAAAGAGUAAUAAUGAAAUUACUCUACGGGAAACGUACUUUGCAACACUGCAAAUCGCAACCUCAAUUUGUUGUGACAAUAAAAACCUUCCGAAAUCAUCAAUGCCAAAUCUAUGUAAAAAAAAAUCUUAAAUA